AUCAAGAGAAAACCGGAAACCUUACGUUUUGUACUCUUCAAAAAACUCACUUGUGUUUAGUCGUAUCACUUUACGAUAAAAAUUCAUUUGGGUCAUAUUUAUUAAGAUGAUUUGUAGUAUGCAUUUUCGCAGUCUCAAUAUUUCUUUGCUGAUAUACGCUAAAAAUGUCUUAUGACUAUGGAGAAAAAAACGGUCCUCAUACCUGGGUUCUACGCUUUCCUAAUGCCGGAGGCACAAAGCAGUCACCAAUCAACCUAAACACCACGUCAAUGAGACUAGAUGAGUCAUUAUCUCCGAUAAAUGUUGACCUAAGUGGCUUACAAAAAACGAUUUUAAACGUGAAAGAUCAUAACUUUUCUGUUGAAGUCAGGGGAAAUGCAGUAUUAUCAGGAGGUCCAUUAAGUUCAGAAUAUAAAUUAGCACAAUUUCAUCUACACUGGGGAUCUGGUAAUAAUUGGGGUUCGGAGCACUUGAUCAAUGGUAUAAGUUGUCCAUCGGAAUUACACUGUGUGUUUAUCAAUACUAAAUAUGGCGCAAUGGAGACUGCUAUGACAUAUUCCGAUGGAUUGUCCGUUUUAGGCGUAUUUUUUCAACUGGGUAAAUCAUCAAAUAAUGCAUUAAAACGAUUAUGCGCUCUACUGAAGUCGACAAAGAAGGGGGAAAGUAAAGAAAUUCAACCAAUGCUUGAUAUAAAUAGUCUUUUGCCGAGCGAUUUGUCCAGAUACUAUACAUAUUCAGGAUCACUUACAACUCCUCCGUGUAGUGAAUGUGUCACUUGGAUAGUUCUGGAUGAACCUGUAGUCAUGAGUAUAGACCAACUUGAGACAUUAAGAGAGAUGCAUGCUAAUUGUGUCUCCUGUGGUAAUACAGAUAACUUCCGUCCAAUCUGUCCGGUUGGUUCACGUUCUGUCAGAUGUUCCUUUCGAGUGUAAUCUGUUAACAAGACUCUGAUCAAAGUCAUUUAUUGUGAGCAGAGCUGAAAAGCUAAUGUUAAUUGGUUGUAACCCAAGUAAAAUAUUAUUUAACUAUACCAAACAAUAACAUGUGUAUACAAAAUUUUAAUUACAAUCGACAGAUGAUCGGGAAUAGUACUUCUACCAAAAAGUAGCAGUUAAUGCAUUGAUAAAAAUAUACUGAAGAAUAUUUACCAGUUAUUUUACAACUUUUAUAACAAUAAAACAAGUUACUAUCAUCAGUAUUCCCAAUAGAAUUCCUAUCAAAUCACACCUUAUUUUCUAUCCAUUAGACAUUUUACACAGCAAAGCGAUUACAAUCAUUCAUAUGUAUCUGCAUAGAUUUGUGUUUUUCGCUUUCUCUUGAACAAUUUGUUAAGGGUUUUCCCCCUUUUAUUUAAUCUUGAAAGUUUGUUCAUCUGUUUACACUCAAUCAAUUUCUGUUAACCGUUCAGAAAUACUCACAUUGUCAAUGCUGUUGUUAUCAUACUCGAAAGCUUUCUUUAUCAAUACCUAUUGUAACUUAGAAAUUUGCUUUCACUUAAAAUUUGAUAAUCGAAUAAUAUAGAUACAUUUUGUUGCCAUG